AUGGGAAGUAGGUCGAAACGUAACAAAAACGUCGAAAUGUGCGAACCGGGACUGGGCGCCAGCGUGAUGUAUGACUUGCUGUACAACCAGCCGCAGAAGCUAAUGCUCUUGGCGGGAUGUAGCACCGUCUGCACAACCGUUGCCGAAGCGGCCAAAAUGUGGCACCUAGUCGUGUUAUGUUAUGGUGCAAGUUCUCCGGCUCUGUCGGAUCGAAAUAGAUUUCCAACCCUUUUCAGAACUCAUCCUUCGGCAACCGUUCACAAUCCCACACGAAUAAAGUUAAUGAAGAAAUUCGGUUGGUCGAGAGUUGCGAUUUUACAACAAGCGGAAGAAGUUUUUAUAUCGACCGUUGAAGAUUUAGAAGCGAGAUGUAGCGAAGCUGGAAUAGAAAUUAUCACGAGACAGUCGUUUCUAUCGGAUCCAGCCGAUGCCGUUCGUAAUUUACGAAGACAGGAUGCUCGAAUUAUCGUUGGACUUUUUUAUGUUGUCGCCGCGAGGAGAGUUCUUUGCGAAGUUUACAAUCAAAAAUUGUACGGGAAAUCUUACGUGUGGUUUUUUAUUGGUUGGUAUGAAGAUAAUUGGUUUGAAUUUCGCCCGAAAAAUGAAGAAUUAAAUUGUACUAUUGAUAACAUGAGGGAAGCGGCUGAGGGGCAUUUAACAACGGAGGCUAUUAUGUGGAACCAAAAUAAAGAGGAAAGAACGAUUUCUGGUAUGACGAUAGUCGAUUUUCAAACGAGAUUAGACGAUAUCUUAGAAGUAAAGUAUCCUGAUAUAAAGAAGAAGAGAUAUCCGGAAGGAUACCAAGAAGCUCCUUUAGCUUAUGAUGCGGUUUGGGCCGUUGCUUUAGCGUUUAAUAAAACUAUGGAUCGAUUACAUAAAUACGGAAAAAGAUUAACUGAAUUCAAUUAUAAUAAUAAAGAAAUUGCGGGGGAAAUUUAUUCAUCGAUUAACUCAACGCAAUUUUUAGGCAUAUCGGGUUUCGUUGCCUUUAAUUCUGAAGGCGAUCGUAUCGCCUUAACUCAAAUAGAACAGGUGAUAAAUGGAAGUUACAAGCAGUUGGGGUUUUACGACACUCAAGCUGAUAACUUAACGUGGUUUGAUGUUGAAGUUUGGAAUGGUGGAAAAGUGCCUCAAGAUAGAACAAUCAUAAAACGCGUACUUAGAACGGUAUCUCUACCGCUUUUUAUAUGUAUGUGUUCCCUUUCUAGCAUAGGAAUCUUCGUAGCGAUAGGGUUAAUCAUAUUUAACCUUUGGAAUAAGCACAGAAGAGUGAUACAAUCAUCACAUCCAGUAUGCAACACGAUAAUGUUAAUUGGAAUAAUCGUCUGUUUGGCCAGCAUAUUUCUACUCGGUUUAGAUGGAAACUUCGUGUCACCCGAUUCUUAUCCUUCCGUGUGUCAAGCUCGCGCCUGGUUAUUAACGACAGGAUUCACCCUUUCUUACGGCGCGAUGUUCAGCAAAGUGUGGCGCGUUCACCGAUUAACGACGAAAGCGAAAAGUGACCCAAAAGUACGAACGAGAAAAGUCGAACCGUGGAAACUUUACUCGAUGGUGACGGGUCUUUUGGUUGUCGAUUUCGUUAUCCUUUUAGUUUGGCAACUUCAAGACCCCUUACAAAGGAAGUUGGAGAUGUUCCCGUCGGAGCAACCCACCAAUUCAGCCGACGAUUUUAAAUUGAGCCCGGAAUUAGAACAUUGUGAAAGUGAUCAUAACAAUAUUUGGUUGGGCGUUAUGUAUGGAUAUAAAGGAUUAGUUUUGGUCUUUGGGUUGUUUUUAGCGUACGAAACUCGCUCAUUAAAAGUAAAGCAAAUCAACGAUUCGAGAUACGUGGGGAUGAGCAUUUACAACGUCGUUGUUCUUUGUUUAAUUACGGCUCCCGUUACGAUGGUUAUCGCGAGCCAACAAGACGCUAGUUACACUUUUGUUGCUUUGGCGAUCAUUUUUUGUUGUUUUUUGAGUAUGGCUUUGAUUUUUGUGCCGAAGGUAAUCGAAGUUGUGCGUCAUCCUAGGGAUAAAGCCGAAAGUAAAUAUAACCCGGACGCUGGUGUUUCGAAAGAGGAGGAGGAAAAAUACCAGAAACUCGUCACGGAAAACGAAGAACUUCAACGAUUAAUAGCUCAAAAAGAAGAAAAAAUUAAGUUAUUGAAGGAUCGCUUGGCUGAAAGAGAAGUUCCAGCUGGGAAAAGCGGCAUUUUUUUGGCUCCUCCACCAACGAUAACACAAGAUGUACACGACGAGCACGUGUAGAACGUGUAAAAAGAAGUUUUUUUGG